GCGGACGCUUUUAAGCGCCCGCGGCGGGCUGCCAGCUGCCCGGCUCGGAGGCGCAGCUCCCUCUACAGGCAGCCGCGGCGGGUGAGCCGGGUGUCGGGUUGCCCGGAAGCGCCUCCAGCCUUUACCCGAGCUCGCCCGCUCGCCGGUCCGGCCGCCUUCUCUGCCCGAGGGGAAGUCUUGGCCUCCCGAGGCCGCCGCGCAGGCUCCUCGGCUUUCUCCCGGCGGGGUCGGCGAGCGGCUGGAGGGCUGCCGAUGGAGGCGCUUCCCUCCCGGGACGAGAAACCGAACCCUUCGUGGGAGGCCAACUUCUGCUCGCGGCUCUUCUUCUGCUGGCUAAACCCUUUAUUUGUGAUUGGUCAUAAACGGAAACUAGAAGAAGAUGAUAUGUACAAAGUACUCACUGAAGAUUCCUCUAAGGUGCUUGGGGAAAGGCUGCAAUGGUACUGGGAUAAAGAAGUGCAAAAGGCUGAAAAAGAAGCAAGAACCCCACAUUUAACUAAAGCAAUUAUACUUUGUUAUUGGAAAUCUUAUUUAGUGCUGGGUUGUUUUACAUUGGUUGAGGAAACUCUGAUACUAAUUCAGCCAAUAUUUCUGGGGAUGAUUAUUGGGUAUUUUGAAAAGAUUGGUUCUUCACAUGCUGACAAAAAUGCUUUGGCUUACGCCUAUGGCUCUGCUGCAGCCUUAUCUGUGUGCACUUUGAUUCUGGCCAUCACUCAUCAUCUGUAUUUUUAUCAUGUACAACGUGCUGGCAUGAAGCUGAGGGUAGCCAUGUGCCAUAUGAUUUAUCACAAGGCACUUCGUCUGAAUAAUGCAGCCAUGUCAAAAACGACAACCGGUCAGAUUGUAAAUCUUUUGUCAAAUGAUGUGAAUAAAUUUGAUCAGGUGACUAUUUUCUUGCAUUUCUUAUGGGCUGGACCCCUUCAGGCAAUAGCUGUGACUGUUCUUUUGUGGCUUGAGAUUGGCCCGUCCUGCCUUGCAGGGAUGGCGGUGCUGAUUAUUCUUCUUCCCUUGCAAACCUGCAUGGGCAGGCUCUUCUCAGCUCUGAGGAGCAAGACUGCAGCUUUCACAGACGCAAGGAUCAGGACUAUGAAUGAGGUUAUAACUGGAAUGCGGAUAAUAAAGAUGUAUGCCUGGGAAAAGUCAUUUGCUGAACUUGUGAACAAUAUGAGAAGAAAGGAGAUUUCAGUGGUUCUUAAGACUUCUUACCUCCGGGGAAUGAACUUGGCAUCCUUCUACAUUGCCAGCAAAAUCACAGUAUUUAUGACAUUCAUGACCUACGUGUUGCUGGGCAAUCCUAUUUCAGCGAGUCGAGUGUUUGUCGCUGUCUCUCUGUAUGGUGCAGUGAGGCUGACAGUCACUCUCUUUUUCCCAGCAGCCAUUGAGAAAGUGUCUGAAGCAUUGGUCAGCGUUAGACGAAUCAAGAACUUUCUAAUCCUUGAUGAAGUUUCUCAGUUUAGACCACACCUCAAAAGUAACAGUGAAAAUCCUAUCCUUAAUAUACACGAUUUAACUUGCUCCUGGGACAAGACCAUGGAAAUGGCAACACUUCAAGACAUUUCAUUGACUGUCAGACCAGGAGAAUUGCUCACUGUGAUUGGCCCCGUGGGAGCGGGAAAGUCUUCACUCUUGAGUGCUGUGCUGGGUGAGCUGUCUGCAAUCAAAGGUUUUAUAGAUGUUCAAGGAAAAAUAGCUUACGUUUCUCAGCAACCCUGGGUAUUUUCUGGCACAGUAAGAAAUAACAUACUCUUUGGAAAAGCAUAUCGAAAAGAAAAAUAUGAGAAGGUUUUAAGAGCCUGUGCUCUUAAAAAAGAUAUUGACCAGCUGGAAGAUGGAGACCUAACAAUGGUUGGAGACAGAGGAACUACUUUGAGUGGUGGACAAAAAGCCAGGAUUAAUCUGGCUAGAGCUGUGUACCAGGAUGCCGACAUCUAUCUGUUGGAUGAUCCAUUAAGUGCAGUGGAUGCAGAAGUUAGCAGGCAUUUGUUUGAAAAGUGUAUUUGCCAGACUUUGCAUAAAAAAGUGUGCAUUUUAGUGACUCACCAGUUGCAAUAUUUACGAGCUGCAAGCCAGAUCUUAAUUUUAAAAGAGGGUAAGGAGGUAGGGAAAGGUACCUUCUUGGACUUUCUUAAAUCUGGAGUAGAUUUUGCUUUUCUUUUGAAAAAAGCUGAGGAGGAUGAUCAACCAUCAUCUCCAGGAACACCCAGCGACCAGCUGACGAGGAUUCGUACAUUUUCUCAGUCUUCCUUGUGGUCGCUGGACUCUUCAGUUCAGUCACAGAAAGAUGGAACUGCUGGAUCACCAGCUAUGGGGCCAGUCCUAACUGCACUGCCUGAAGAAAGUCGAUCAGAAGGAAAAAUUGGCUUUACUAUUUAUAAGAAGUACUUUUCUGCUGGUGCAAAUUAUUUUGUAAUUUUUAUACUUUGUGUUCUCAAUAUUUUGGCACAGGUUACUUAUGUGCUUCAGGAUUGGUGGCUUUCUUACUGGGCAAACCAUCAAGUAAUGCUAAAUAUCACUAAGAUGGAAUAUGGUGGGCAAAAUAUCACUGAAACUCUGGAUCUUCCCUGGUAUUUAGGAAUGUAUGCAGGUUUAACUGUGGCUACAAUACUUUUCAGUAUACUGAGGAGUCUACUUAUGUUUCAUAUUUUGGUUAACGCAGCUCGGACUUUACAUAACAAAAUGUUUCAGUCAGUUCUGAGAACUCCAGUGCUGUUUUUUGACAGAAACCCUAUUGGAAGAAUCCUAAACCGUUUCUCCAAAGAUAUUGGCCAUUUGGAUGACUUAUUGCCAUUAACAUUCUUGGACUUUGUACAGACUUUUCUUCAGGUGUGUGGAGUGGUCGGAGUGGCGAUUGCCGUGAUACCCUGGAUUCUCAUCCCAUUGGUUCCACUUCUUAUUCUGUUCAUAUUUCUUCGACGAUACUUUUUGGAUACAUCAAGAGAUAUCAAACGUUUGGAAUCUACCACUCGAAGCCCAGUUUUUUCUCAUUUGUCAUCAUCUCUUCAGGGACUUUGGACUAUUCGUGCUUUUCAAGCACAGCAGAGAUUCCAAGAAUUAUUUGAUGCACACCAAGACCUACACACAGAAGCCUGGUUCCUAUUUUUGACUACGUCUCGCUGGUUUGCGGUACGCUUGGAUGCCAUCUGUGCCAUCUUUGUGAUAGUGGUGGCCUUUGGCUCUUUGCUGCUUGCACAGACUCUUGAUGCUGGAAAGGUGGGCCUUGCUUUAUCCUACGCAAUCACUCUCACCGGAAUGUUCCAGUGGGCAGUUCGGCAAAGUGCAGAAAUUGAAAAUCUGAUGAUAUCAGUGGAACGAGUAACGGAAUACACAGAGUUGGAACAGGAAGCACCCUGGCAUACACACAAACAUCCACCAGCGCAGUGGCCAACUGAAGGAGUGAUAGUAUUUGAUGAUGUGAACUUUGCUUACAGUGCAGAUGGUCCUUUAGUGUUGAAACAUUUAUCUGCUUUAGUUAAAUCAAAAGAAAAAGUUGGAAUUGUGGGAAGAACAGGAGCUGGCAAAAGCUCUCUAAUAGCUGCUCUUUUCCGGUUGGCCGAGCCUCAAGGAAGAAUUUGGAUUGAUAAAUAUUUGACAUCAGAACUAGGACUUCAUGACUUGAGGAAGAAAAUCUCAAUCAUACCUCAGGAGCCAGCUUUAUUUACUGGGACUAUGAGGAAAAAUUUGGAUCCUUUCAAUGAGUAUAGUGAUGAAGACCUGUGGACUUCUUUAGAAGAGGUCCAACUGAAAGAAGCAAUAGAAGAACUACCUGACAAACUGGAAACACAAUUGGCAGAAUCUGGAUCUAAUUUUAGUGUUGGCCAGAGACAACUGGUGUGCCUGGCCAGGGCUAUUCUGAAGAAGAAUAAAAUACUGAUUAUCGAUGAAGCAACUGCAAAUGUUGACCCAAGAACAGAUGAGCUGAUUCAAAAGACAAUCCGUGAAAAGUUUGCCCAGUGUACUGUUUUGACAAUUGCACACAGACUGAACACCAUCAUCGACAGUGACAGGAUUAUGGUCUUAGAUUUGGGACGCCUGAAAGAAUAUGAUGAGCCAUACAUUUUGCUGCAAGAACAGGAGAGCCUGUUUUACAAGAUGGUUCAACAACUGGGUAAGGCUGAAGCUCUCUCCAUCCUAGAAACAGCCAAACAGGUUUAUUUUAAGAAGAAUUAUCCAGAAGUUACUCCAAGUGAUCAAGCAGUCACCAAUCCAUCAAUAUCUGAAUCUCAAGGACUAAUAAUUUUUGAGACUGCUCUAUGAUCUUAUGAAACCAUUGGGAGGGGGCAGGUGCUCUUUUCUUGUCCUUUAACAGAAUGUAACCCUAUCAAAAUACAGACAAAUCUUCCUGUUCAUUCAAACUGUUUUUGCACUGGAAUAUUAAUUGUCACACUGAAGAAAAAUAGAUUUUUUUAAAAAUAGUCCUUGCUCCUUAUAUUUACAUACAAUAUUGUUCAGAUUUUUUUAAUAAUUGUAUUUCUUAAAGUGCCUAAUUUUGUGGAUUUAGCAAAAAGAAGCUUGCCACACAAAAUUUGAAGCCUUGUUCUACGAAGGAUAAAUUUGCUCAAGAAUUCGCAACUUCCUCAUUUGUUCUAAUAAUGCUAGAGCAGAGAAACAUUCCACUGUAAGAUUCCUGAACAUGCUGCUGUUAAAUCAUUCAUGUGCUGUUUUGUACUUAUGUCCUUUAUAUAGUGUGGCUUUGUUAUGCAGAGGCAGAGAAAUGUAUGCAUAUAGUUAUGCAAUUAAUUUCUGCUUUUGCAUCAGUACAACCUUUCACCAGAAUCAGCUUCCUGAGUGAGAAUCCUUAAAGCCAAAUCUGCUGUAUUCCAGAAGCUCUCUUUAAAGGAGAAGCAGAAUAAAUUGUGGUGUUUUAACACCGAACACUACCACCCAAACUCAUAUAAUACUUGUCCUCUGUAUUUGAUCCCCUCUCUCUACCACGCAUUGAUAGCCAGUGAGCUGUAUUUCAUUUAGAGAUCAAACAUGGAACAGUUCUGUUCUAAAGAAAUAACACAAUCAGGUACAUAUUUUUAUUCACAACUGUGCUACCCUUGACACAUUGAAACCCCUGGUGCUGGACAUCUCUUUCUCAAGUGGUGGAAAUGUAGUUUUCUAGUUUUGCACAUUAAAAACAAGUAGGGAAAAAGCAAGAUCAUGGUACCUUAAGACAGGAUUCCCCAACGUCCGGUCCAUGGAUUGGCACCGGACUGUGGCAUGCCAGAAACUGGACUACACAAACAAGUGAAGCCCCAUCUGUGGGAUGCAGGCAGCAUGCGAAACCACAUCCUCUCUGGUGUGUGGAAAAUCCUCCCUCCAUGGAACCAGUCCCUGGUGCCCACAAUGUUGGGGGCAUCUGCCUUAAGACCAGUGGUGGGAUUCAGCUGGUUCGCACCACUUCAGCAGAACCGGUAGCUAUUUUUUUAUUGCCCAGGCCCAGAAUGGACUUCCAGAAGUGGCAUCCACACAGAGAACCAGUUGUUCACAUAUUUGAAUCUCACCACUGCUUAAGACAUGUGUAUACAGUAUGUAAAUCCUUAACUCUGUGUGCAAUUAUGCUUAAAUUAGUGCCUUCCAACUUGGCUAUUACAAGAAAAGAGUUAUUUCCUUCACGGCAAUGUUUUACAAAUAAUAUUUUACCUUUAACUGGGAAAUAAUCUCAGUACCACAAGCUAUUUUAUAUCUGGCAAUUUCAAUUUUCUAAAUUUUAAUAGUUGUAAUAUAGGCAGUAAAAUGCUAUCAGACGCAAAGCACUGGUGUCAACAGUAGUUCACUUCUACUGGUUGAACGAAUACUACUAGAGCAGUGGUUCUCAACCUUCCUAAUGCUGUGACCCUUUAAUACAGUUCCUCAUGUUGUGGUGACCCCCAACCCUAAGGGCUCUCCAAGCGCACCGACACCACCCACUCACCCGCCGGGCCCAGGGCUCAGCGCACCUCGCCUGUCCUCGUCUCACUUCCGAAGGUCGCUGGCCUGCCCGCCUCCAGCUGGCUGGGGAGGGGGGACAGGAAGGCUGCUCCGCUGGCUCUGCCCAGCCUGAUUGGAGAAGCGCCCAGGCGGGGAGAGGGAGAGAGAGCAAGAGAGAGAGCCAAGAUGGCAACAGCGCCAGCAGAGCUUAGUUCAUCCUCCUCCGCAGAAAGGGCCACUAAGCAGCGCAGCCUCCCUUAGGAGAUGCUCAACGGAAAUGAAUCCGAUGCUGCAACGGCCCCCAGCUCAAAGCCAUGCAGAGACGGAUAGAGGAGGGGUGUCUCGGUUCCUAAGACCAUCGGAAAUAUGUGUUUUCCGAUGGUUUUAGGCGACCCCUGUGAAAGGGUUGUUCGACACCCAAAGGGGUCGCGACCCACAGGUUGAGAACCGCUGUACUAGAGGAUAAAUCCCAGCAGAAGAAAAAUGUGAAGAAACAAAGAAAGUGUAGCAGUAUCUGAAUGUAAAUCUGGGCAAUGCUUCACAAGUAUUUCCUUUCAAUAGCAUUUCUCUUUGUAUAUUUUGCCAACUGAAAUAUGUUAAAAGUUCAAGUCCGAAUACACUGUCAUCAAUACACUGUAUACAUUUAUUGUGCCUUACUGAAUCUCAAGCCAAAUGUAUUGAAAAUACAUUAAUUCAAAGCCA